CAGUCAGAACCGUCGACAGUCGGUCGAGAGCAGCGCGCGUAUUACACACGGGUUGGUGUUCUAGGCUAAGAGGUGUAUGCGGCGGCUAUUCAGGGGUGCUAUUUCCGGAGAAAAUCGGCGCGGUGCGGGGGUCGGCCUGUGUGCGUAGCAUCAUCUCUUUGGGGGCACAUUCCUGCAAGCAUGACCCGAGAUUGGGAAUGGGGGAUGAUGGCUCGCGCGCAGUUCUCCGGUAGACCCCUGGGUCGCCUCCGCCUCGUUGAACGGGAUGGAGCCGUGGUGCGUGAGCAACAGUUCCUCACCGGAAGCGCAGUUAAUCAGUCGAGUUUUCUGGACUAAUUCUGUUCCGCAGGAAUUGAAAUCGAAUUAGCAAGUGUGAAAGUGUGAUCUGGAAGUGCCAAAUCGAUAGUGAGCCUAACGCGUACAACGGUCCCAAGGGAGAAUCUUUUGCUUACUGCGUAUUUUGGAAGCUUCCUAGUUCUGCUGUUCUAUACCAGGAUAUCCAAGGUGAACAGAUGUGCUUCGAAGGUUCCAAAUGUUGAUGUUGAGCACACAAAUCAGAUUGGCUUCGUGAUUUGAGGGGAAUUCGAUCGAGGAUCGGUUUCACCGCACUAAUCGCAAAGUCAACUUCCGUUGAAGACCCUGGACAGAGGGCUAAUAAGGUAUUGCGUGCUUCUUCCACUCGCGUCUCUAAUCCCGUAGUGUGUUCAACAAAAAAGAAGAUCCCGAUCUAAUCGAGAACAGUGUGAUUAGUGGAAAGUUUCCGCAGAAAGUUUGCCGUGCCGUGCGCGACUUGGCGACAUUUGCCCUUUCGGGAAAUAAUAAAUACGAUUACCGCCUUUCUGCGGCUUGAAUGCGGUGAAACGGAACGCAGUGACAGCUCGUGGCCAGCAGCGUGCCUCACAGUAGGACGAAGACACAAAGUGAAUUUUACUUACCGUAGUUCCUCCGCUGCGUCGACAAUUUUUUCCGCAAGUAGUGGGAGGAGGUCAUUCCGCGUUAGUAAAGUGUGAGUUAUCGCGAGUGCAAUUUGGACCACAAUGCCAGGCCUAUCGCUACAGGAGCGACGCUUUGUGGAAUUCUCACCGACGGCAGUAACGAGCCUUGGGCCCGUAAAUCGCUAGAUCCGCCACGAAGGUGAAAAAACUUGCGGCGGCCCAUCAUAAAACAAGGUGUCCUGCCGCGUUUGCACCAACCAGCUGCAGCCAGUGGUGCCAUUCGUUUCCAGUAGCCAAGUGUGUGGGUGGGAUCCCAAGUGGAAGAAGAACUUCCCUACGAAUUUACGACCACCCGGGCAAAAAGCUGCUGAAAUGGGUACGGAAUCGGCCUGCGGCACUUACUACAAUGAACAACAAGCCGGCACUGGUCCCGCAAUGACCAAUUACUAUCAAAUGAACGACAGUGGCGGUGGAGGGAGAAGUGAAGGAACCGGUGGCAACAAUGCGUCCAAUGAAAAUCUCCACGGAUCCAACAAUCAUCCAGACGACGAAGUAGCUCAAGGCGUCGGCAACUCCAACUCCGAUGACCCAGGUGAAUCCGAACUGGACCUACGCCACCAGGAUCAGCAAAGAUCCGCCCACAACGAUCCUCCCCGGAACCCACCUGUCAACGUUUCCAACCCCUGGUCCAUUUCCCAACAAAUCCAGAACCACAUCUCCAAUAAUCCCGCCAGCUCCCACCCCUCACGCCUAGAGCGCUCCAACUCUCUUGCCAGCAAUUGGACCUUCCCUUCCUACCAGAGGCUCUACAACGAGAACCACUACGGCAUAGCCAUCGCGGCCGCCGUUCAACACCAACUCCCCGGAACGUCCCAACCCCAAUCACACCAAAGUCACCACCUUAACAACCCGUCGCAACAUCACCAACCAUCAACCCAUCAACAGAACCAGCAGAACCAACAACACUCCGCCAGUCACCAUCAGCAACUUCAACAGCAGCAGCAGCAGCAACAGCAUCCACAUUCCGGUCUACUGAUGCCGGCCGGAAUCAACGGCAGCGGAGGAAUGCCUCAAAACCACCAGCACCUAUCCAAGCGAUUCUACUACCCGUCCACGACAGUCUUUCUAUUUUCAGGUAAAUCAAGCAAUAACAAAGACAUCUGCGGCGACGACAAACACAAAGAGGAUGGCGACCCGUGGAACGUCGAGGCACAGGCGGCGUUCCUGGGGCCGAACCUGUGGGACAAAACGCUACCCUACGACUCUGAUCUCAAAGUGCACCAGUACGCCGAUCUCGAUGAAUUCCUGUCAGAGAACGGCAUCCCGGUGGACGGCCUCCCCGGCGGACACCUGGGCCACUCGACCAGCCUCACCAGCCGCUCCGACAGCCUCGGCCACUGUGCGGGCCUCUCGCUCGGACUCAGUCAGGUGACGACGAAACGGGAACGCUCACCAUCGCCCACAGACUGCAUGAGCCCGGACACGAUAAACCCACCGUCGCCGGCCGACUCAAUUUUCGAUGUUGCAGCGUUCUCGAUGUCGUCGGCCACGCGUGACUUCGACCCGCGGACACGGGCUUUCUCCGACGAGGAGCUGAAACCGCAACCGAUGAUCAAGAAAUCCCGCAAGCAGUUCGUCCCGGACGACAUGAAGGACGACAAGUACUGGGCCCGGCGCCGGAAGAACAACAUGGCGGCGAAGCGGUCCCGCGACGCCCGCCGCAUGAAGGAAAAUCAAAUCGCGCUCCGAGCUGGUUACCUGGAAAAAGAGAACAUGAACCUGCACCGAGAAGUGGAACAGCUGAAACAGGAAAACAUGGAACUACGUGCCCGUUUAUCCAAGUACCAAGAGGUAUAAUCAUAACUCAACGUCAUCCCUAGUUUAAUCACGUACCACGUCCACCAUUACAAAUGCCACCACCAACAUCCUAAAACCAACAAACCAACAACUACAAAAAAAUGGAAAAAGGCAAAACGACAACAAAGAGUAACAUAAAGUAGAAAACAAUGCGACCCGGAUGAAACAGCGUACUCACUAGAAAGUCAUCACAGCAACCACCAGUAGCAUCAGCAACGGUAGCAGCAACGGCAGCAAGUAGUAGUAGUGAUAGCAGCAGCAUCAGCAACGCCAUCGGCAAACAGCGCGGCAGCAAAACAAUAGACAACAACAGCAACGAUUUACAAAGCAACUCCAAGCAGCUUCAAGGACGGCGACGACGUUGAGUGCACGGCGGCGGGAAUGAGCGAGUGAACAUGAAAGCGACGAAUUCACGCGAGAACGAGAGACAGAAAGAGUGGACAUAAUUUUUAGCAAAAUUUAGCAAAACAAUAAGCGCGUGUGCAUUGUGCAUAACAAAAGCAACCGAAUCGUUACCAAAAAGAAACGUAGAAACAAACAAAAGAGACGGAGGGGUGGAAACCGGGCAAGAAGAAGAUCCAGCGAAGCUUUGGGCAAUUUGUACAGUGCACAGGAAGAGAGAAGGUAGUCAAAGCAGUAGCUGAACAGCAGCAAUGGUAGCUGGCGAACUUUGUUUAGAUGCAUCACAGACACAGACACACACAGCACUCACACACACAUAGACAUGCGCCUACGAGACAGAAAAAGCCGAUCGGGUCCUCGACAAUGGGGAUCGCGGGAGCUAAACGCAAAGCCUGCUGCGUUUCCACGUGUUAGAUUUUUGUUGAAUAAUUUUAGAAACCGACAAUAUAGAUUUUAUUGAAGGAGUAAGGAGUCGUCGAUUAGGAAAAUUAAAAUGGAAAGUGUUUGAAUCGUACUAAGGUUUUCAGUCAAGGAAGCUACUAAAUUUACUGCGUUAGGUUUUGUUUUUGUUUGCGAAUACACAUUCAGACACAGACAGACAGCUGGUUCUCUUUUGUUGCGUUUCUCUGGUGUGUGGUAGAGCUAACCAUCAUACGCGAAGGACUGGGUGAGGUCGUUUUAAUUAAUUUUUAAGAAGAUUGUGGGAUCGCGCAGCCAUGUUAGGUGCGCGACUGGAACCAUCUACGCAUCAUAGUAAUAGCUGUAUAGUUUUUUUUUUUCUGGAAGUGGUCUUUUCCCGAUUUAAUCAGGGGAAAAUUGAAAGUGUUUUUUUCUUUCGUUUGUUUUAAGACUAACAGAUUACAUACACCACCGUGCAUACAUAUAGAGAGAGAGGUUGAUAUGAUUCGAAAUCAAAAAACCAUCCACCCGGGAAAAUUGCAAUCGAGAUCAACGAUCGUCUGACGUUACGCGUUCUUUUGUUUGAAGUUUGUUUCUCAUUUCUUCGUAUGCGUUUGCCGCGUUUUGUUUUACAAUUCAUCAAGCUUCAAGUGCCGACGGGCAGAUGGAAGUGCGGGUUCGGAUGGGCGAAACGAACGCUUGAAAGCAGGGGUGCCAGUUGUAAAUAUGAAAGUUUACUUGCAUUUUAUUAUUAUUUUAUUUUACUUUGAAGUAUUUUUGUUUUGAUGAGCAGUAAUGUUUUAAGAAUCAAUUUAAAUAUGGAUUAGCGUUUCGAUGGCUCAGGUUUAACCCAACAGACAUUUUCGAUGUAUAGGAGUUUGAUAAAGUACUUUUACCCAAGCGUUUGCUCCUUAAACGGUUAUGCAACGUAUUUUUAAAUGGGGGGAGAAACCAUCUUAUAAUGUGCAGAAAUCACCGUCUGUUCAAAGCCAGUUAUUUUACUCAAAAUGACGAAGAUGCCAAUAGAAAUGUCAAUAUCCUUCUGGUGAAAUUUUCGAGCGUUUUGAUAGUCUUUGUUAAAAUUUGCAACAAAACCAUAUAAAUCAGGCCAAACAUGUCUAAAGGUCCUAUCUGCAGAAGAGAGGCCCUCUUUGGUUUCUCCCUCUUUCGUUAAUAUCUCAGCUGUUAAUUUGAAUUUUGAUUACCUCCUUGCAUUGAACGAUGGUCAAAAAAAUCGUCUUUCGAUUUGUACCGCAAAAAUAGUAGAAAAGUAUACCAUUACAUUGCAAUAACUGAAAGAGAAAGUAAACAAAGAGAGCCUCUCAAAUGCAGAUAGGACCUAUUGAAAUGUUCGGCCUGAAAUAUUCAAUACGAACUUUUUUCUCAAUUCCAAACAUUGGAAGGUGAAAUUUUUGAAAACAUUCAGGUAAAACUCAAACCUUCUCAAAUACUCGAGACGACGCUUUUGGCAAACUUGGUGAAUGCAUUUCUACUGCCUUUUCUGAAAGAAUUAUUCGAAGAGAUCGAGGUAAUCCAGCUGAGUGGUAAAAGAUUGGCCACCAUUUAUGAAAAAGGUUUAGACAAGAUUACGGUGAAAUUCCCAAAAACUUGUAGAAGAAUUCGGAGGAAGCCCCUGUUGAGUGUUGAAGAUAUUCUUGAGAAAUUUCUGGUGAUUCUUAACGGAAACCCUAAGGUAAUUAAUAAAUUUCUGGAAGGAUUUCUUGGAGAAUUGUUGAUGAAAGGCAACAUUCAGGUAGACGCUUCUGCUCAGCAUUUUCGUUACAUUUACUCCCGAAUUUAGAAACUUUCUGAAAAAUGUCGACAGAAUAAACCCAGUGGCAGGGAGGUGGCUAUGUCAUGAGGAAAUCUUGAAGCAUAUUUAUCAAAGAAAAGAAGAAAUCGUUGCAUCCCUAGUAACGAUUUUCGUGAACAAAUAGACUUAUGGAAGCUAUAUUCCAAGCAGCACCUGCAACAUCAUCCAAAAUGUGGUUUUUUAUGCUUUGGUCUAAAAGAAUUGCAAUAAAAGCGCACGCAACUUCCAUCUUGUCGGUUGAGUUGCAUUUAAACUCCGAAUAUCGUUAAAUUGCAGCUUUGUUUCAUAGGAAUUACAAAUAACAUCGUAUUUAACAUCGAUUUAUGGAGGCGGAGCUUACAUAUUCCUCACAAGUGGCAAUACAGUCAGCUUACAUUAAAUGUGCUAUGUAACACACAUGAAACAUCUUACUCUGGUUUGUUUGUUCAGAUUAGGUUCCAAAUGUGUUGCGGAAAACUUGCGCGUCUUUUCUUUUUGACAGCUUUCUAACUUGUGGCAAAAACGGUACAAUGAAGUAACGCGUAACUUCAGUGGCUUUUAUGGUGCAUUGAGCAGCAAAUCUUUCACAGAGCUUCUGGAGUAGUAUGUAAGGUGAGUGGUUAAUACUCCUGGUGUCCAUGGUUCGAGUCUUAAUAUAUUGUUUGUGAAUUUCGACUGGAAUUUGAUUUAUGAUUUCGAACUGGCUUUCUCAGUCUAGGGAAAUUCAAAACGUAUUCUGUUGUCCUUAAUUUGAACAGUGAAUAAAUUGCACUGAUGUUGCGGUACUGGCUUUGAAACAAGUCGUGUUGCUUGGGAAGAACCAUAAUAAAACCUUACACCUUUUGUUUUGGUUUUAUGAAAGUUAUAAGAGCACCUUCUAGUUUGUUUGACUUUGGCAUAUUUUUCAAACAUUUUUAGAAGUCUUGAGAAACUUAUGUGAAAAUCCUCAAAGAAAUUGAGCUCUUAGAAUUAUUUCUAGGAAAAUUUAUUUUGGGAAUCAACUUUUGGUCACAGCUUGAAGCAGAAUUCAUAAUUUGAAAGUAGCACAGAGAACCUCAAUAUUCUCAGAAACAUCUGCAUAAAUUCGCGAGGAAAACUUGACAAAAACUGUAGAUGGAACUCCUUGAGGGAAUCGAGCUUAAUGUUAAGUAGAAAGGCAAAAUGAGUUCUUGGUGUAAAUUACGGCAGAUAUGUUUGGUUAGUGUAUGACAGAAGCUCUUUAAGAAUUGCUAGAGUUUUGAAAACUAAAUUUUAUUGAAUAGCUUCAAAGUUCUUUUAUAAAUAUUUCCUGGAAUUUCUCAAAAAUUGGAAGUGUUUUUUUAUUGGCAAUAUUUUGGCUUACUUUUCCAAUGUUUCUACAAAGAACUACACCCAAAUUUUAUCCUCAGAUUUCUUCUGAAAAAGAUGCUCCUCAAAUUAAUUUUUAUUAAUAAAUUCCUAAAUAACUCAAUUCUGGAAUCCAUCCGACAUUUCCUUCAUUUGGUUCAGCUUAGAUUUGUGCUCCAAUAAUUGCGUUUUUUGUAGAUUUUCCCAGAUUAUUAAAAAAAAAUCUGGAGAAUUCACCAAGAAUUUCGUCGUUUAUUUUCAGUAGUACUUUCCAAUUUUUCUUCAACCCUAUUUAUAAGUUCUUCGAUACAAAUCUAGUGGAAAUGGGUUUGGAUUGACUUCAUGACGUAGUUUCUGAUGGUAUUGCAUACGAUUUUGCAAAAAAUAAAAAAUAAAAGUUCAGAGAGUCAACAAGGAACAUUUUUUAAUUUUGUUUUAGUUAUCUUUUUCCAAAACUUUUGGAAUCAUUUUUGGGAAGAUUUACAAGAUAUUAUGAAAAUAUUUUCAACAAUUUUCAUUUUUUUUUCGCGAAGUAGGCUUUUGGCUAUUGUGGUCUAAAAAUAAUCAAAAACUUUUCCCACGAAAUUCCACAUGAAUUUAACCAGAGUUAAUAGGAAAAAUCAUCAGUCCAAUCUUUGUGGCAGCUUGUGCGUUAACAUUAAUGCUGAAAUUUCACUGAAAAUCCUUCAGGAUUGUCUUCAAAAUUUUUUUUUUAGUUUUAACUCAUUUAGGGAUUUUUUUAAUUUUUUUUUAUGUUUUUUACAAAAUCCUACAAAAUUUCUCAUGAAGAGUUGCUUAAGAGAUUCUUCACAAAUUUUCACCAGGAAUUCAUUCAAUUGACCAUGGGAUUCUCUCUUUUUAGCUCUUUUGACCACUAUGGCACUAAGUGAGCGAGAGUCAUGGAUCUUAGGCAUCUACAACAAAACAUUUCGUCUCAAAUUCCACAAGAGAUUAUUUUAAGAAGUUUUUCAUGAUUUACCAGGGUGAAUCCUCGUGAGAUUCAUCGAAAAGUCCUCCAUAUUAAUCUCAGAGCUUUUUCUUAAUCCUAGUAGGACGUUGGGGUCAAUACGACUCAGACCGGCAUGCUCUCCAUGUAUGCUAGAUCUGUUGGUGUUCCACCGUAAAUUGAGAGAUAGAGAGUCCUCCUGAAAUAACAACAAGGACCCUUCAGGAUUUUAUCAUGGAAUUUCAAAAAAAAAAAUCUGAUAAAAAAGUAGUUUCGAAAUAAUUUUCAUAAGGAGUUUUUCCAAGAAUUUCUUAGGUUAACUUUUUUUAAGUUUUUCUAAAAAAAAUUAAAAUGUUUUCUCGGAUUUUUUUGGGAAAAUUUCGAAAAGAUAUCCCCAAGAUCUGUUACCUCCUCCACGGAUGUAAUUCUGGGAUCCAUUAAAGACGUCCUCCGUAGAGUUUUGCUUCUCAAGUAACACACUUGUCAUAGAAGAGUCACGGCGGUGCAGGUUUUUGUUGCGCAGAAGUCACUGUGACUUACUUCUAGCAAAUUUGUUUUAUUUGUUAGAAGUAAGUCAUAGUGACUUCUGGCCAACAAAAACCUGCGCCGCCGUGACUCUUCUAUGACAAGUGUGUUACUUGAGUUGGAACUAUUUUUUUAGAAAUGCCUUCACGCAGGGAUGGGAACACUCACUUGCAAAGAGUUACACUCACUUGCUAUUUUCUCAGCUCAGAAGCAUGCAAUCAAGAAACAAUGUAUGAACGACUUUUGCCGUGUGGUUUGGUCUAAAAUUUUGCCGAAUAGAGUAGGGGUCGCACACGCAUCUCAAAGUCGUGACAGGGUUGUAAAAGCGACUCUCCACGAGGUGAGUGUAAUUUACAUUCACCUCGUGGAGAGUUGCCUUCGCAGCUCCCUCACGACUUUGGUAUGUGAGUGCGACCUAUGCUCUAUUCGGAAAAGUUUUAGACCAAACCACGAGGCAAAAGUCGUCCAUACAUCAUUUCUUCAUUGCACGCUUCUGAGCUGAGGAAAUAGCAAAUGAGUGUAACUCUUUCCAAGUUAGUGUUCCCAUCCUUGCCUUCACGUUUCCAAACAAUUAUUCCAAAAGUUUUUCACGAUUUUUUUAUUAAAACCUGUCAUAAAAUGUAAGUUUUUUUCGUAAUUCUUCCUAAUUUUUCCGCCAACGCUGCUUACUAGCAGUCCGUAGACUUCUACCCAGAGUCUGCUGAAGGAAAUUUUUCUUGAUCGACUCAACAAGAUUUUUUUUCAAAAAACUUUUUUAUUUAAUUUUUCAUCUGCCUUUCCGAGGGCAUUUCUCGUAUUUGUUCAGUAGUUCUUCAAUCAAUCAUUUUGGAGUUUCACCUAAGAGUUUUUUGAGGAAUUCUGCUGGGAACUUAAGAAAUAUUAGCAAUCUUUAUGUAGUAUUUUGGUAUUUUCAGAAAUUUCUCAAAGAUUUUGGCUUGAGAUUUUAGAGGUUUCCUAAUAGGUUCCACAAGAAGUUACUGCAGACAAUUUUCUUAGGAGCUUUGGCUCACCUUUUCAGAUUUUUCAUAGAAAGCUCCACAGUUAAUUCUUCCUGAAAUUUCUUCUAGGUCAUCUGAAAAAGUGAUCACCUAAUUUUAAUUAAUCUUUCGCGAUUUAGCUUUCCUUUUUUCCCCGAUUUUUUAUUUUUUUGCAAACAUUCUUGUUUGGUCGAUUGAGAAAAGCUUCGGGCAAUUUCAUAAUGAUCGUGGAAGACUUGCUUCCAGCAAACGCCCUCUAGAGGUCAACGAAGAGGUUAUAACCAAUGCUCCAGAAAUUUCAUAAAAAUUUACCAAAAAUCCUGUCAUGAAAUUCAAAAUAUUUUCUGGAACUCUUCCUUUUUCUACAACACUGAAUACUAACUCUUCGUGGAAGUCUACCCGGAAUCUACUGGAUGCAAGUCCACCGUGAUUUGUAGAGGAAUUUCUCAAAGCUUUUCUCGAUCGACUUAACAAGAAUUUUUAUCUAAAAAAAAUCCCUGAAAUUGGACAAAAAGCGUUUUCGCUACAUUUCACAAAGAGUUUAUCAUGUGUGGGACAUUUUCGAAGAUGUUUCGAGGAUGUUUUUGAAAUUUUUUGAGUUGUUCCUGAAUUAAUCCCGUUUUGGAGUUUCACUGGAAAAUUUGAGGGAAACUCAAGAGCAAACAAGUUUUUCAGAAAAAAAUAAUGUUUCAAAAAACUCCGACAGUGUUAUAUCUAGGAACAUAUCAAAGAUUUUUGUAUGAUCCGCUGAGCUCUACUCGGAAUUUUGUUGUUUUUAAGAUUCUCCUGAGCAUUUUCUGAAUAUUUCAUUAUAAUAGGUGUCAUUGAAAUUCAUCAAAAAUCCUGUCAAGGAAUUCAAAGCAUUUCUGGAAGUGCAUUUAGGGUUAAAGGCAGGGAUGCUAAAAGAUUUUUUGAAAAACCUGUAUCACUUUUUUUUCAAAAAUCUGUAUCCCAUACAAAAUUUGGGAGAAAAAUCUGUAUCCCAUACAAAAAUAAAAUGGUCCAUCUAGCUCAAAAAUCUGUAUUUCAUGUAUAACGGAAUCUGUAUGGGAGCUCAAAAAUCUGUAUAAUACAGAUAAAUCUGUACAUAUGGCAUCCCUGGUUGAAGGAUUCGUCAUUGAUACCACCAUCAUCAUUAAAAUUUCGAAAGCAGUUUUCUCUUCCGAAACAUGAAGGUUUAUAAAGAAAGGUAUGCAUUGUAUUCCAUUCUUUAUCCGGAAUACAGUGAAUACUUUCACAUUAUGAUCAUUAGAGUUUUGAACGAGAAAACUGCUUUUGAAAUUUCAAUGAUGAACGUGAUAUCAAUGACGAAUCCUUCAACCUUAAUGUUUCUUCCAACACCGGGUACUGGGCGGAUGUCUUGUUAUGGGAUUUCUUGAAACUUAACAAGAAUUAUUACCAAAAAAAUCAUAAAAAUAUUGUAAAAAGCAUUUUCACUUAAUUUAACCAGGAAUGUCUCAUCGACCCUUCUCCGUAUUUGUUCAGGUUUGAAGUUGAAUACAGGAGUUCAUAAAAAACGCGGCUGGAAACUUAAGCGAUAUCAAUCUUCCUGUAGUUAUUCGGCCGAAUUGUUUAAAAUAAUCAAGUGAUAUUUCUAGGAACUUCUCAAAGAUUUUGGCAUGAUAUUUAAGUGGUUUCUAAAUAGUUUCCAUGAAAAGUUGCUGCAGACAGUUUUCUAUGGAAAUGUUGGCUCACUUUUUCAAAAAAUCAAUAGAAAAAGAAACUCUUCCUCAGAUUUCUUCUGGAGCAUCUGAAAAAGUGGUCCCUCAGUCCUAAAAAAUCCUCAGCGAUUUUACUCUGGAAUCCGUCCAAGACUUCCUCGAUUGAGUUUUGCUUGGAUUUAUGUUUUUUAGAUUCCCCCAGAACAUUUUUUUUUUCCGAAAAAAUUGGAGAGAUUUUUAAGAAAUUUAUCAAAAUUUUACAGACAGAUGUUAAUAGGAUCCGUUAGGAGAAGUUUUCUCUAGAGAUUUUCCCCAAAUUUCUUCAUGGGUUCCAUUUAAACAUUUCUCCAUGGAUUUCUUCUGAACUUUCAUUGAAAUCCGAUAAAAAGCUAUUUUAGAGUUACCAACUGAGAAGAAAAUGUUGAAGAAUCAAAGCUUCAAAUAAUUCUCAAAAUGUUCGAAAAAAUCAGCUGGCAACCCUGCUUGAAGUGUUCGUAUCCGUUUACUGAAUUUAUUCUACCAACAACUUUAAAUGAGAAAUAGAAAAAAAGUCAAUUCUUUUAAUUGUGAGAACAUGUGGAUUAUGAAGUAGGGCUGUGAAUUUAUCAAGAUGGCUGAGAUACCAAUGCAUUGGUUGAGUACCACCCCAGAACAGCUAAUCCAAAUUUGAAAGGAAAACGGUUGAGUAGUGUCUUUCUUGCCUAGUCGGUCUGUUGUGAGCUUGAGUAAAAGCGAGAGAAAGGAAAAAGCGUUAGAAAUGGGAAAAUCAUGUAAAAAUUAUAUCGUAAAACAAGCAAAACUUGCAAUUGAAUGAAAUUAUACCUUGUAAAUAGUCUGUAUUGUUAAGAAAGUGAAAAAAAGCAAAGAAAAGCAACAAAUAGAGAAACGAACGUAUAUUUACACACAACACACUACUCACCCCUACUUGCUUGAACGGAAUUGGACUCGCGCCCGUCAGAUAAAGAUUACAAAACAGAAAAAGUUUCAUCAAAGCUGGAUGCUGCCGAAAGCACUUCGUGUGGAAUGGUUCAAGGAAAUUAACACACCAUAAUUUAAACAUAAUUUAUUCACCACAGUCCGACUUGCCUCGUGCGCAGCAGCUGUAGGCCUUUCGUGGUUUCUCAAACUCUCAGCAGCCUUUGAAACCUUUUGUUUUUCAUUCAUUCAAUCAUCAUAACCUCACACAGCAACACCUGAAUCCUUCAAACAAGCAAAACAGAAAAAGAAAACACGUUGAAAACAACGCCGCGUUAUAUGAAACUUUGCAUCGGACAGAGCGAGUUGCGCGCGCGUAGGAACAAAAAAGGGAAAGCGGUAGGCAGUAAACCAAGUAAAUCGUUAAUAAAUUGAAAGAUUAUUAAGCAAACAAGUUAGUCUGAUUCAAAAACUGUAGUGAUAGUACCAAGAUUGAACAAAAAAAAAACAAUGAGAGAAAACAAGUAGUUGAUAAUGCAGAGGUUAAGAAAACAAAAAGGCAAAUGAAACAAUAUUAUUAGUGAUUAGUGAACAAAGAAGAGAAAGAAUCCCCAAUUAAAAAAGGAAAACUAAUGACUUGAAUGUAAAUGCAGGUUUAGAAAACCCCACUUAAAACAAUGUGUAAAAAGUAUAUUAUAACAAGCGAAAUAUGAGAUAGGAGAGAGAGAGCGAGCGAGCGAGAGCGAGAGAACGAGAGAAUCCCGCGUCCUAUUUUAAAAUUUUUACUUCAGACUCGUCCGAACGUGGAUUCAACCAACCUGAAUAAAAAAAAAUAUGAAAAAUGUUAGUCCCCUUUGAAACUGACUUUGUGUACACUCGAUAGGAAAAAAAUGAUGUUACCGGUAAAAUUUACCUUAGUAGUUUGUAUAGUUAGAAUCAUGCAGCAGCAGCAGCAACCCAUCCCGAACUCAUGAGUUCCCCUUCAUCUGGAAUGGAAUUGUUUGCCGUAAACCGCCUCAUAUUUGUUUUAUCGCUAUUAGUAGUUCCCAAUUUGAGAACCAUUGAGUUUUUGUUUGUAUUUGUUAAUCUUGUCUAGAGGAGCCAAAUUCAGUACGUACACACUUGCACCUAGUUAUCCGAACACAUCAUACACUCACUCACACCUGCACUCACUCAAUCACUCACUUACUCUCUGCAGGAUAAAUCGAUGAGAAAUCGUUUCCGACGCUGAUCCAGCGUCUUGGAAACAAUCGCGCGCGAUUUUUUUCGCUUUCAAAUCAUUUCACACAAUCUUCUCAGCUGCUUUCCUCUUCUUCUUCGUCUGUCGUUUCCAACCUACUUUCUGCCAUACUGGGCUCUUUGGCGAAUCAACCAAUAGUUCUUGAUUGUUAAUUCUAGAGCGUAGCAAAUCAAAUAAAAAUCCGUACCUUGUAAAUUUCUCGAUUUAUUUUUUUCUCCGUACUUCUUUUUUGAAAAAUGCUUGGUCAGAAUCAGUUCUCUCAAUUAACCUGCUUAUCUCGGAGCAAAACGCUAAGCGACCACCACCACCACGAUUGGAAUCCGAAUUGAAUCUAAAAGAACGUCAAAAUUUGAUCAGAAAAAAAAACCGUUGAUUGAAACUAAAACUUCUCUAACUGCGGGUAGUGGGAAACAAAAUCAUCAGCGCACCUUUUUUUUAUUUUCGAUCAUACCUACUUUUGAAAGCAUGGCUAAAAACAAGCAAAAAAGAACACGAUGAGGAUGGAGCAGAAAAUGAAAACUGUUUAUUGUUAUCAUUAUUAUUAUGAUUAUUUUUUUUCUUCUUUUCUUCGUCGUCCUGUGAAGUAAUCCAACAAACAAUUACUUUAUUGCUAUUAUUUUUUUGAAAAAUAAAAAACCGUAAAAUAAUGAGUUAA